UGUUACGGAUAUGAUUAUUUUGUAUUUUCGUGAUGUGAUAUUUUUCUGGUGAAAAGCAGCAAAGAUGCAAUCGACGCAAUUAGUGAUACGAUGUUUUUGGGCUAUGUCAAUAUUCGUAUUAGCAGCGGGUAGAAUUCACAAACUCGAAAUACGGAAAGAUGUACGGCGACACAUUGCGUUAACUACCUUUGGUUUCUACAAAGGAGGUAUUCUCGAUAUAAAUUUAACAAAUUUUAAAGCUGACCCAUUUGACGAGAAUGCCGUGUUUGGAUUCACCUUGGAUCGUACCCUAAGCAAAGCGAUGAAUCCAUAUUUAGGCAAUCGCCAGGAAGAAUGUGUACUCCUAGAUAUUUCGAACAUCAAUCCCGAUUUCGAUGAAAGAAAUAACAGCGGCAUAAUAUAUUUUACAAUGGAUCUCAAGAACAACUUGUUGAAGAUAAACUGUAGUCAAAACUUACACGUCGCACAUAUUUACCAAGAUUUCAGUAACAUGUUUCUAAUUCGGGAAAGGAGAGAUUCUUUUCCACCCAGGUUCAGCGAUAACGUUCUUCCGGGUAACGAAGAAACUAAUAUCGAAGAUGAAUCUGAGACGGGGUCAGAUGAUAACGUUUGUUCUGGUCAAGCGACCUCGUUCGCGAUGACCGUACAGACUGUGAAAGGAGAAAAAUAUUACAAUACAAGCUUUUCUAUGUAUAUUGCCAGUGCGGGAGAACAAGGUCUCUAUAAUCUGUAUUUCCAUAAUUGUCAAAAUUAUAAAUAUGAUUCCCAGGUAGCAUUGGAUUUCACGGCACAAAUAUCGGAAAUUAACAAUGGAAAUUUCCUCAGCGCAGGUGAAAUGCCUUUACCAGCUCUAUAUUUCAUGAUGGCACUUUUAUUCUUUCUGUCAGGUUGUUUCUGGGUAUUUAUUCUUAAGAAAACCAAGCACCCUGUUUUUAAGAUACAUUACUUAAUGGCGAUUUUAGUGUACCUGAAAUCUUUGUCAUUGCUCUUCCAUGGGAUUAAUUACCAUUUUAUUCAAACAAAGGGGGAGCAUGUUGCUGCUUGGGCUAUUCUAUAUUAUAUCACACAUUUAUUGAAAGGAGCCGUACUUUUUAUCACCAUUGUAUUAAUUGGCACUGGAUGGACAUUUAUUAAACAUAUUUUAGCUGAUAAAGAGAAGAAGCUCUUUAUGAUAGCAAUACCGUUACAGGUAUUGGCAAACGUGGCAGAAAUAAUAAUCGAAGAAAGCGAAGAAGGAGAUAUCGAGUAUAGAAUGUGGCGAGAUGUUUUUAUUCUCGUGGACUUGCUUUGUUGCGGUGCUAUUAUAUUUCCAGUAGUUUGGAGUAUUAAGCACGUAGAGCAAGCUGCACACAUAGAUGGCAAGGCAGCUAUCAACUUACGCAAGCUCAAGCUUUUUAAGCAUUUCUAUAUUAUGAUAUUUUGUUACAUUUACUUUACCAGAAUCAUAGUGUACUUACUUAAGAUUACAGUACAUUUCCAAUACGAAUGGUUAGAUGAAAUGUUCCGAGAAAUGUCUACAUACAUCUUUUUUGUUCUUACCGGGUAUAAGUUCCGAGCAGCAUCUGCGAAUCCGUAUUUUACAUUAUCUAACGAUGAAAUACCUCAACCUGACAACGACGACGACGACGACGACUACUACGACGACGAGGAGAUGGAUGUCGUUCUUUUUUCCAGUGUUUCCGGAGGUAGCGGUAUCACCGAAGGUCUCAGUAAAGUGAGCAAGAUGCCGAAAGUUAUGAGGCCCAUUACUUCGGAUGUUUCAGCCACUCAGGAAGAAAGAGACUGUUUGUUUAAUAAGACAGAACCUUCUCACAACUAUAACUGAACUAUCUACGAUGUAAUAGAGUUGGUCGCAAUGCAACGAUAAUUCAGUAUGAACGAACGUAAAAGACUAGUCUUCUGUCGUGUGAUACUUCAAAGGAGUGCCAGCAGUCAACAAUAACACUUGUCGUGAACAACAUUUGAAAGCUGUCGAACGAAAACAAAAAUAUGUAGUUAAAGGUAGCAUCCUAUUUUUUGUUCCAUAUAUUUUUUUGUAUAGCAGAAAAGCCGAUAUUUUAUUUAUCAAAUGGUUACACAUUUUAUUCCUCUAUUCGUCUUUUUUGUUUAUUUAACACGUAAUAGAAUUUGUUGCGCGUAUACGCAAGUAUAUACAUUAUCUAUUUUCCAAUAUGUAACUUCGAAUCGGACUUUAAAAUUUAACGUAAUUUACAAAUACUGGUAGAGAAGUAUUAUAGAUAUUGGACAGAGCUAAUCUAGGUGGUUUUAAAAGUUUAAUGUUUUCGAUACGUGAUGUAAUGUGGUUAUACGUUUAGUACCAUACUUGAAUGCAAGCUCAAUGAGAGUAAAUUCGUGUUUUGAUAUGCGUCUUGUUGUAGCUAAUUUUUCUUAGGCAUUUAGUAAAACGGGAAACAUUUCCAUUUAUGUUUCCCACAAUAAACUUAGUUUUCUUCGAAAGAAGGAGUCGCGCUUCGACGCUUUAGCAAUCUUGUGAUAAUUGAUGCAUCAAACUCGGUGUAUCAUGAUCCAUUUUUGUAAAGCACUUGAUAACCUUUUAUAUAGAAAUAAUUAUUGUGUCAAAAAAAAUGUCAUAUGUUUUAAAACAUUUAUUGUGUCCCAUUAUGAAAUACUGUGGUUAUUAUUACUAUUCUUCGUAUUGUGUAUUGUAGUAAUUAUCGUUAUGUCUGUUACUAUUAAUACUUUAUUAUAUGUAACAAAAGGGACACGUAAGAAACCAGAUUUGAGAAAUAAAAUGGAUAUUUUUAUGAAA